AUGCCAGAUCCAACACACAUAGAUUAUAUCGAAGAACCUUGGGUAAAAGCAACUAUUAUGGUGCCAGAAGAAUAUCUUGGUUCUGUGCUUGCGCUUUGCAUAGAAAAACGUGACGUGCAAGAUAAUAUCACAUAUGUAGGAAAUAGAGCGAUGGUUGUAUAUGCAUUGCCACUUAAUGAAAUCGUUUAUGAUUUUUAUGAUAGAUUAAAAUCCUGUUCUAGAGGUUAUGCAAGUUUUGAUUGGGAAAUCAGUAAGCAUUUAAGAGUAUUAAGAGACUUAAUUAAAAUGAGCAUAUUGAUUAAUGAGGAAAUUGUUGAUGUGUUAUCAUUGAUAAUACAUAAAAGUAGGGCAGAAACUAGAGGACGUGAAAUCUGCUUGAGAUUGAAAGAUUUAAUUCCAAGACAUAUGUUUUCAAUCCCUAUACAAGCUGCAAUUGGAGGCAAAAUAACUGCAAGAAAAACUAUCAGUGCAAUGAGAAAAGAUGUCACCGCCAAGUAUUACGGUAGGGAUGUGACACGUAAAAGGAAAUUGCUUGAAAAGCAAAAAAAAAGACAAAAAGAAAAUGCGCUCUAUAGGACGUGUAGAAGAUCCGCAAAGCGCAUUUAUUGCAGUUUUGAAGGUUGGAAAUGGUAA